GAAGCCGACGGGCUCUUGCUGGGUCCGGAUAGUGCGCGUUUCCGCUUCGGCCGCGAGUCAACGUGUUACAGGACCGGACCAGAUAAUCAAGAUAAUGUCCUGUAACAUCGUCGCCGAGUGGCUACGGUCACUUCACCUAGGACAAUACGCUGAAAGUUUCAUCGACAACGGUUACGACGAUUUAGAAAUUUGCAAACAAGUCGGCGAUCCCGAUUUGGACGCCAUCGGCGUAUUCAAUCCUCAACACCGUGGUCGUCUUCUUCAAUCGGUGAGGACUUUGCGCGAAGAAGGGGCCGCGAGCGUUUAUUUCACGCUCGAAGAGACCGCCGCGGUUCACGAAGAGUGUUUGUGCGCCGAUAAUGUGAGUAGUGCUCGGUCUUCGAGGACGUCUUCCACGAGAUGUUCUGACAAGGACGUAGCCGUUGCCGCUGGAGUCGGUGUCGUUGCGGCUGCUGCUGCUGCGGCCGUUGCGGUCGUUGGACGUACGCCACAACCAUCUCCAGCGGUUUCUUCCGGUGCAGACAGCGGUGGGGGACAAGAAGCGGCUAAAUAUACGGACGAAUACGAGGAAGGCAAAGCGGAACUUGUUAAGAUACCCCGGAUGCAACUAAAGAUGCUCCUCAGGGAGAAGCUGUCACAGGAUGGGAUUCGCCUCACUUGUCAACCCUACUCUACCACGGAUGGCGAACGAGGCUACCUCGAAGGUCUCGCCUCGAGAUAUGCAGAUUUAUUCAGCACGCACUACGGGGAUGUUCUCAGUCACUUAGAGGACCUUCGACGAAGGGAUUGGGCUGAGAUGUCACCGAGGGAUAUUCGAGGGGUUACUGCCACGCCUGGAACACCUCCCACCAACAACUAUAAUCAUCCUACAGCCGGAGUCGCACCAACGAGUUCUUCGCAUAUUGGGUUGACUACUUCGCAAUCUCAACCAAUUUAUGUUCCAGGAAAAUAUUCGCCAUCGAGUUGUUUAAGUGAUAAAGAAGAAGAUGAAAUUUAUGGCUUUGGUUAUGGAGUUUUCGGCGCUCAAAUCGCAAGGCAACAACAAAGACUUUUGGUUCAGCCGACGAGCCAUCAACCGUUGUUGAUGCAGCAACAACAAAAUUAUCAAACGUGUUUAAGUCCAAGAUCGGCAUAUUUCUAUGAAUUUCCACCAAACGACCAGAACUACACCAAUACAAACAAGAAAAAGACUACGUUUUCAAGAUUCCUACGGGGAUUGAAGACGUCCCAUCGCAAGGAGAAACAUGGCACGAGUAGUCCAAGGCACGGUAGGGCAGCCACCAGGGGCGUACCCCAAAGGGUUGAUACGCCCGAUAGUGUACUGCAAAGCGGUUUAGGUCUAAACGAUUUCGGCCAACACGCCGUGUUAAGAUCAAUGGUGGAUCCUAGAGACUACGACAGGUUGCGACACCUGCAAAUGAAUGGAGCGACGGCGAACACGUUCGAAGAGACAAUCUACAAGGUAUUUGAACGUCUCAAACUGCAGGACGCUCUGCGACAGAGAGAGAAAUUCACGAAGGAACACGAAGAGAUCCUCAGGGAUAUUAAACAGGGUCUUCUGCAGUUGGGCAAAGAAGGAGUUAGAGGUCCACUUUCUGGAGAUGAUACAUAUAUGUAUGAUGAAGACGCGAGGAUGUUAGCUCCAGGAUCGCAUGAUAGAGGUCAUUGGUAUGAUGAGCCACCUUAUGAAAGUGACCCAGAAGAUUUUCUUAUGGGAAGUAGCCCAGGACCAACGGCAACUAUUCAAAACGGGCGGGUUUGUUUCACUUUGAAUUUGCGCCAAGAACCUAGAGGAGAAGGAGUAAUAUCUUUGAGGAGUGCUGGUGAUAUUUCCUUACCAAGAGACGUCCCCACCGUGCCAAUAGCGAGAGGAACACCGCGAAGAGGGCUUAUUUUACCUCAAGCUGGAUUUCCACCAACAAUCAUUCCUUUAAGGUCUUCCAGGGAUAGGGAAAGUGGGGAUUACGCAACUUCUGAUGUGCAAAGUGUUAGUUCGAGGUUAUCCACUUUAUCAGUUGAUACAAGCAGAUCAGAACAACAAGAAACAUCUCAGAUGGUCUCUCCGCAGUAUUAUAGCCAAUUGGAGGGGAAGAUGAGAUAUUUUAGAAAAACCGGGGGAUAUACAAGAAGUGAAGAUGGAUUAUCGCCGAGUCAAAGCUCCGAUUACGAGGAUCAAGAUGAAUUUAAUAAUUGUAGUCAACAAAUUGCAACGGUUCAUAUGUCUGGUGAUGGAAGAUCUGCGGGUGUUUCAACACUAGCAGGAAAAGUUCGUGGGCUUCGAGAAGACGUCCAAAGAAAAAUUUCGAGAUUAAAAAGCGAAAAUGCUGAGCAACGUUCAGAUCAAGCUUUUCCAUGUUCGGCAAGUUCCGUUGAAAGUCUUCCAAGUGGAUCUGGUUCAAGUACUCAAGCUUUGGUGAGAGCUGGAAGUAAUCAUAGCUCAAUAUCCGCAGAAGAAACCGAUCCAAGCCCCACGGAACUUCAAAUAAUUGGUAGGGCUCGGGCCCUCGUCGAUUACACGCCAAGUCCGUACGAUAAAGAAGCCCUAAAAUUCAAGAAAGGCGAUUUGAUAGAUAUAGUGUCGAUGAACGCGAGCGGACAAUGGAAGGGCGUUUGUCAUGGCAAAAAGGGCACCUUAAAGUUCAUCAAUGUCGAGCUACUCUCCGAUCGGACCAAACCAAGAAAAGACAACGUUAAAUGGCAUCUUAAUAUCAAAAGUAAACCGGCUUCGGUUGAAGAUCUUCUUCAAAAAAUUAAUUUACAAGAACACAUCUCCGUAUUUGUACUUAAUGGGUAUGAAGAUUUGGAACUUUUUAAGGAAAUCGAACCUUCCGAUUUAGAUUAUCUUGGGAUUGUUAAUACUGAACAUAGGGUUAAAAUUCUCACUGCUGUUCAAUUACUACACGAUUUAGAUUCUGGUAGUGAAGGUGAUAUCGCUGGUUCAAGCAGUGAAGGAGACGAACAUAAUCGUAUUUUAAUGUUAGAAUCUGGAGGUCAUUAUUCCCCAUUCGGUAGAAGACAAUUCCCCAGGGAUUCUGGUUGUUAUGACGGUUCCUUAAAAGGAGUUCAACACGUCUCCCCGCAAGGAGAAUCCGACGAAAAUAACACAACAACUCCCUUUUGCGAUGCGACAAACAAUUUAGACGCGGUUGUCGAGCAAUGCAAUAACGAGAUUAUGGCUCGAGUGCGACAAGCCCAAAAGAAUGUUCUCAAUUUGAAAGAGGAAUUUCACCCAAACAUCCCAGUUACAACAAACGAAAAACCAUCACAAAAGAAAACUAAAGACUCGUAUGUGAGCGUUCAUGGACAAACGACGCUCACAGAUCCGUGUAGAAGGAAUGUAAUUACAAGGGUUAGCGUGCGAAAAAAUCUCGAAGAGGAAACGGAUAAAUUAACAAGUGUCAAGUAUGUAGUUGGAUCAGGAUUGGAAGAUUCAAGCUCGGCGAUUAUUUUAGGGAGAGGUGGAUGUUUUAGUGAGAAAUCAAGCGAUUCUGGAGUGAGUAGUAGCUCAUUGUCUUCUGCUAAUGUUAAGGAACAACGAACAACAUCGCAAACGGUGGGCGAAACUUGUGCCAAAACAACGUCUGCAACUGCCAAUUAAAAACCAACUAAAAUUUAAUAAAAUGAAAUAAAUUUAAUAAAAUCAACUAAAACCAACUAAAACUAAUUAAAUAAGAAAGAUGCACCUAAUCCGUUUACGAUAAUAAUAGUUUUUAAGUAAUUAAAUAAUAAUAAAACUAAGCAAUACGACUUCGAAAUAUUGUUAAACGUGAUAACCUGUGUAAUAUACUUGUAAAAUUUUUGUUAAAACAAUUUCUUCGGAUAACGUUUGAAGGAAUAAUUCGAGAAGUGAGAUAAAAUACAUAAAAUGAUAGACGAAAAGAGAAAGAAAUGUUUUUAAAACAUGGGGUCGGUUAACGAUUUUCUAUAUCUCUGUUGUAGCUAUUGGAUGGUUUGUAAAUAGUAGGGGAGAUCCAAGGAGAAGCGAUUUUUUGUAUAUUCUGUAAAUACGUAUUUAUUUCUACAGGCAACUAGUCUCAGUUAGCUCUAAUUUGUACAUAAGAAAAGAAAACGGCUUAUAUCGACUUUAGGGUACGAUAGAAUUUUUUUAUUAUUGACUGGAAAUCAAUGUGUACUAAAAACUUCUUGCUAUAGGCAUAUCACCUAUUUUACAUGUUACAUGUAACUGGAAAUGUGUCAUACAUGUCAGUCAAUAAAUUUAGGAUGAUUUAUUAAAUAAAAUAAAUCAAAUUUG